GCCAAAUCGACUCGCGAUCAGGUCUGUCAUUGGUUAACCCUUGUUAUUAACCCGUGGGAUGAAGUCCCUGAACCCUGUGGCAGGGGUGGGACGGAUAAGCCUUGCGCAGAACGAGGCAACCCGAAGAACAUCGCCUUUGAUGGCGACCGGCGUCGCGUGUCACCUCUACUUACUCGUGUUCGAACCGUGCCAUUUGAAUGGGACGAAUCAAUAUGGAUAUAUAUAUCCCAGGGGACAUAGUGGUGGAAUCAAUCCGUCAGACUAGUCUAUCGCCGACGAGGACACAUGGAUCAACACGCGGUGUCUUAUCGCGAAGGAACCACACAAUGCCCAUGAGGGGUCAACGAUUUUCCUCGGACGCCGUGUAUUUAGCUAUUGCCACUCCCAGUCUACAAACACAUUUCUCCUGCAUGCCUUGCACACGACGACGAUGAAGCUUCCUACUGGUUGCACCGAGGGGAAUCUCUUUGACAUAUACGACGCAUGCGUGCAGUCAUUCUGGACCGCGUUCGUACCUGCAUUCCUCAUUAUUAUCUUCAGUUUGGUCUCGCUCGUUCCUUCGUUACUCCUAACCAGAUCCUUUCAUGAUACCAUUCUGGCGCGGUUCCGACCGGAAGAGGCUGAAGCACACGCGACCCCUGAAAAUGAUGACACUGAUGAUGAUACUCGCCCCACGCGAUUGAUUCUCCAGUGGCGUCUCCCGUUUCUUAUUUUCGUUACCUUGCUUCAAGCUUUAGCUUGGAUAACCCUUGGAAUAUACCACUCUGUCGGCGACGAGGACAAUUCUGGAAUCGCAGUUUUUUCCGCGUUGACUGGCAUUACGUGGCUCUGCAUUGCUUUGAGGCCUGUACUCUGCCGAAAACCAUCCGCAUAUGUCCACCUCUUCAUCCUUUACGCUACUCAUCUCAUCAUUGGCGUCGUUCGUACUGUAGUCCUCGUAUCUCAUCUUCAGACCACUCGCUCUGCGGCUCUGGAGGGGAUCUGGAUGAGUUUUAACCUCGCAAUGGUCGGUACCGGUUUCGCGAUAACCUCCAGGAUGCCGCUAAAAUUUCCAUCUUCCGCCGCGCUGCAAGAACUUUAUGUCAAGCGCUCGCCGGAGGAUUAUGCCAGUAUCUUCGAGUGGGCAACUUACAGCUGGGUGUAUCCUCUUGUCGAACGUGGAAACACUUUCGAGAUGAAACCCGAGGACGUUUGGAGUCUAACCCCUAGUAUGCAGUCCAGACCCAUCUUCACUAAAUUCAGCACUAUCAAACAGCCAACGCUUUUCCGCCGAUUGGUGGUGGCCAAUUCCAGUGACUUCCUUCUCGAUAUCGCCCUCACCACACUCACCGUAAUAUUGAGUUAUGCCGCGCCAUGUUUCCUCUACCGAAUUUUAAAAUUGGUCGAGAACCCUACACUAGAAGGUCGCUCAGAGGUGUAUGUUUUGGCAUUGAUCGCGUUCGUUUGUGCGUUGUUGAAGGGCCAAGCCGAAACCCAGCAUCUCUAUUUCGACACACGUGCCUCAGCCCGCAUUAACGUACAGCUCAUGAAUACGAUCUGUGACAAGGUGCUCAAAAGGAGUUGUUCUGGUAUGACGAAGGAGCUGGGGUUUGAAGCUGGACCUGAAGCCAGCUCAUCUAAUUCCAAUCCUCCCAAACCAGACACAGACUGUGGGAAGAUUGUCAACUUGAUGGCGGUAGAUGUCAACAAGGUUUCCGCAGCAGUUUCAAGCGCUUAUAUUCUCUAUGGAGGUGCUUUGGAGAUUACUCUGACUUGCGUCACAAUGCAUGGCCUUUUAGGUUCCGCCGCAUUCGCGGGCUUUCUGGUGAUGUUUGUUGUCUGGAUACUUCACAUCUACAUCACCCGAGCGCACACUCGUCUCCAAAGAGGUCUUUCAGCGUCCCGUGACCGGCGCAUGUCCGUCGUCCAUGAACUUGUAAAUGUUAACAGAUUCAUCAAGUUCUUUUCGUGGGAGGACCAUUGGAUUGAACAGGUCAAGUAUGCACGCGGCGAGGAGAUGGAUUGGAUGAAACGAUCUCGCAUGAACUCCGUCCUAUCCGCUAUAGCGGGGAUAGUUGCUCCUCUGCUGGUAUCCUCCGUCUUCUUCUUCGUUUAUAUCAAACAAGGCGAACAGUUAACUCCUUCUGUUGCUUUUACGACGAUUGUUCUCAUGGACAUGCUUCGACAAUCUCUGAUUCUCUUCCCCGAUUUCACCCUGCCCGUCUUUGAAUGCUAUGUAUCCCUCGAACGUAUCGAAGCGUUCCUCAACGAGGAAAGAUUCAAUUGUGUCUACUCACCCAACAAGCACUGUGUUGCAACUGACACGCCUGAUGAUGGUCUUGCCAUUGAAGUUGGUCACUUCACGUGGAACACUACUUCACAUCUAGAAUCGGACGUACCUUCACAACUGGAUGGGAAAUCCAUGCUGAAACAGACCAAUAAUUUUGAAUUACAAGAUAUCAAUGUGCGCUUUCCUGAGGGCAAAUUAUCUCUUGUUACGGGACCGACGGGGUGUGGCAAGACAGUAUUAAUGCUGGCAUUGUUGGGAGAAAUGACGGCGAUUGAAGGAAAACCCAUAACACCCAAGGGUAUAUCUCAAAUGGACAGAUCUCGUCAUUCAGGCGCAAUUUCGUAUGCUGCUCAGAUUCCGUGGAUCCAAUAUGGAACGAUCAGGGAGAACAUCUUGUUUGGAUAUCCGUAUGACGGGCAAAGAUAUGAAGAUGUACUGACGCGAUGUGCGCUGGGUCCUGAUCUUGAUAGCUUGGAAAAUGGUGACCAAACGUUGGUCGGCGAUAGAGGAUCGAAUUUAUCAGCCGGACAGGAGGCUCGGAUUGCCCUGGCUCGGGCUGUCUAUGCCCAGACCAAAUAUGUUUUGUUAGAUGAUCCUUUCAGUGCUGUUGACGCUCAGACAUCGCGCUAUUUGUACGACAGGUUAUUUUGUAGCCCACUCCUGGAGGGCCGCACCGUGAUCCUUGUAACCCAUCACAUCACACUCUUUCUGUCCACGGCAAGUUAUAUAGUACAUAUACUUGAUGGUCGAAUCUCUACCCAGGGCUACGUGAGGGAUCUCCAGGCCUCUGGUCGUUUACCUUUCGUGCGACAUCGGUUGCUCCAGGAAGAUCAGGACGCUGAAGUAUACCAAGGGAUGAGUCGCCAACGGGACGAGACGCAGACCCCGCAUGAGUCCGCCUUCAGUAGACAGAUCGCGUUCUCUACUUACAAGACAUAUUUUCAAACAGCAUCUUCCUGGAUGUGGGGUGCUUUUGUUUUGCUGAUAGUGCUUUCACAAAGUGUGGGAGUGGUCGAAAAGUUCUGGAUACGAGAAUGGGGCCGUGCUUAUGGUAGUAAUGGCCUGACAGGUGAUCUAGUGUGGUAUGGUUUGAGCAAGAAAACCUCCUUCCUUGAUCCUGUUAGCAACACGUAUCAGCGGAUCUUGGCAUUCAUUCCCGAUGGAAGCGGCCACCCACUCUUUUAUGUCAUGGUUUAUGCAGCAAUAGGUUUCAUUAUGGUUUUAUGCAGGGUUGCGGCAUCCGUGACACUGUAUAUCACUACUUCGAAAGUGUCGGUUUCGCUCUUUGAUCGUCUGCUAGAACGCGUGGUCCGGGCUGAUCUGCCUUUGCCCCCGAGAAGUCAGAUUCUCAGUAGCUUUAGCAAGGACAUGCAUGCGAUCGAUGCUAACCCUGAUUGCCUGAAUAUGGUCGGCAAUGCCUUCCUCAACGCCAUUGUGGCUGUCAUAACUGUCAUGGCAUCCUGUCCUGCGUUUGUCUUCCCCGCGAUAAUUAUCGCCUUCUGCUACCAAUUUGUUGCAACACGAUAUCUGAAUAUACACCGACAACUGCUUCGAAUGGAAUCAGCGUUUCGGGUGCCCAUCGUUUGUGCCCUUGAGGAACUUCUGGACGGCAUCGUGACCAUACGAGCGUUUCAAGCCGAACGUCGUUUCGUGGACGCAUUUCAUGAGAAACUUGACGUCGCUAACAAGAUGUACUACAACGCCUCGCUGACCAACAUAUGGCUGCUUUUUCAUCACGACGUUCUUGGGGCACUUGCAGUGUUCGUGACUACGUUACUGGUAUUGUCCCAGCACGUGGGGCCAGGAACAGCCGGUCUCUGUAUAUCUACCACAAUGCUUUUCACGACGAGUAUGUAUGUCGUCUGUCGAUUCGGUGCCUCCGUCGAAUUCGAAUUGAAUGCCGUGGAGCGGGUAGUGGAAUAUUUGGAUAUCCCCAAAGAUCACUCAGCCAUCGUUGAAUCUAAAAGACCUCCUGCCUAUUGGCCAUCCAACACGAACACCUCGUUCCUAUCGGUGGAGGGUCUCUCCGUCAGAUACGGACCUAGCUUGCCGCUCGUCCUUAACAACGUCUCAUUUACCUUAAAGGGACGCGAACGUAUUGGUAUUAUCGGGCGAACCGGGAGUGGGCGAUCUACACUGAUUAGCAGCUUACUACGAUUGCUCAACCCUGCAGAUGGUCGUAUUGUGAUAGACGGAAUUGAUAUUGCGACGAUUAGUGUUCAUGAUUUGAGAUCACGGAUAACGUAUAUCCCCGAGGACACUGGACUGUUCUCAGGAACACUACGGGAUAACAUCGAUCCAUUCUGCGAGCACGAGGAGAAAGACUGUUUCGAUGCCCUUCGCCAUGUUCAGUUACUGAGUGACGACAGACAAGUCCAAGAUAGUUCAAGCGGGUCGUGGCAGGCCGACUGUGGUGCCAGCUCAAGAACUACAAUUACUUUGGAUACCCAAGUUGCUCCUGGAGGUGCCAACUUUUCGCUUGGCGAACGGCGACUUAUUGCUAUGGCCCGCGCGUUACUGAGACGAAAUUCAAGCAUUGUCGUUUACGAAGCAACAAACAGCUUCGACCCCGAUACCGACGCAAAGAUACAAGAGAUUCUCCGUGAGCGGUUUAAGCAUGUUUUGUUAAUAACUGUUGCGAGCAGGCUGAGCACAAUAAUUGACUAUGAUCGAUUAAUUGUCCUAAAAGACGGAAGAGUUGUUGAGUUCGAUACACCACUAAAUUUGAUCAACAGGGAGGGUGGUGUCUUCCAUGAAAUGUGCCAUAGUAGUCAGUUACACGCAGAGCUGGAGGUUGCUCUAUUAGCAAAGAUGAUCAGAGAUAGAUAAGGUUUUCUGUAGUUGUGCUCUAUGUUAUCGCUCUGUCAGGGACAAUAUCGGUGCUAUCUGGGAAUGCCAUGUACAGAGAGGUUAUGAUAUUGUUCUUCCA